CGCAGAGCGAGCCUGAACUACAGAACAACAGCAGAAGAGAAACAAAACAAACAGAAAAGAGCGAAAAGACGAGCUUCAUCAUGGCUGGACCCGCUGGAUACUCUUCUCCAGAUCAGUCCAAUGGGGAGGAGCCAUUCGCAUCAGAAGAGGAGGACAGAGGCGGAUCUGAGCUGAGACUCGUCCUGAUUGGCCGCACAGGCUCGGGAAAAAGCGCUACAGGAAACACCAUAUUAGGGCGACGCCACUUCCUGUCUGCGCUGAGGGCGGGGUCAGUGACGCGUGUGUGUGAGUGUGCGGAGGUGUGUGAGGAUGAGGAGUUGGGCGGGGCGAGGAGGAGGAUUCUAGUGGUGGACAUGCCCGGGUUCGGGGACACCCGUCUAGACACCGACAACCUCCACGCUGAGAUUGCUAAAUGCGUCUCGCUAACGGCGCCAGGGCCGCACGCUUUCCUGCUGGUGAUUCCGCUGGGCCGCUACACUGCGGAUGAAGAGCGCGCGGUGGUGCAGAUGUGCAGUGUGUUCGGUCAGGAGGCGCUGCGCCACACGCUGGUGCUGUUCACACACGGAGAUGCGCUGGAGGACAGUGGCGGCGGCAGGUUCCAGAGUUUCCUGGAGGACGAUUCCUCACGCCUGAAGCUGCUGCUGCACCGCUGCGGGGGGCGCUACUGCAUCAUCAACAACAGAGCACCGCAGGACCGCGCGCAGGUGGGUGCGCUGCUGCAGGGGGUGCAGGCCAUGCUGGCGGACGCAGGAGGAGUGUGUUACACCAACAGUGUGUUCCUGCAGGCCGAGCACGCCGUCCGGGAUGAGCAGCAGCGGCGUAUGCAGCGGUGGCGCAGCCGCAGAGGAGCCGGAAUGGCGGUCAGUAGACGGCAGGCGCUGCGCUCCGCUCUGAGCCGCAUCCGCAUGGAAGCUGCGCUCUCCGGGAAGGUUCUGCAGCGCGUCAAGGUGCUGGUCGCAGCCGGCGCUGCAGGAAUGGCGGUCGGGGCUGUAUUCGGAGCUGCAGCUCCUUUGGCGGUGGCGGCGGGGGCAUCUGUGAUUGGUGGAGGAUCGGUGGGGUUAGCAGGAGUCUCCGCAGGCAGCGCAGGCGUAGGGAAAGCAUUCGGCGCAAUAGUUGCAGCGGCGUCUGGAAAAACCGCAGUGGCUCUGGGUGCGACGGCAGGCGGGGUAUUGGGGGGGUCAGUGGGAGCACUGGCAGGUGUUGAGGCUGUAGGGCCGCGGGACGCUGCAGUAGAGGCAGCGCAGCAGGUGGGAGUGAUGGGUGCUGCAGCGGUGGGCGUGGCUGCAGGAGUGGGCGGAGCCAUCGGAGCAGGAGCCGUGAUGGGGGCUUUGCUAGACAGCGCAGCAGUUAGUGCUCUUAGUGGGGGCAGUGUUGGAGCAAUCGCACCUGCCGGAGUGGCCACAGGGGGCAGUGUUGCAGCGGUUGCACCAAGUGCAGUGGCCACUGGGGGCAGUGUUGCAGCGGUCGCACCUAGUGCAGUGGCCACCGGGGGCAGUGUUGCAGUGGUUGCACCAAGUGCAGUGGCCACUGGGGGCAGUGUUGCAGCGGUUGCACCUAGUGCAGUGGCCACUGGGGGCAGUGCCGUCACCUCUUCAGCCGUACUGGAUGGCAUCGGAACAACUGCGCGCAUUCUGAGUGAGAUCGGCAGAGCGGCAGCAGGAAUCGCACUGGCCGGAGGGCUGGUUAUUAAAGUGGUGAAGGAGAAAGUUCGGUCUGGAAGCGGAGCUGCGGAGAACAGCUACACAGAGCGAAACUCCUAUGAGAUCUACUGGAACAAAUGAACAGUUUGACGUUAAUGGAGUGCAGUGUUAUUGAUUAUGGACGCUCUCCAGCUGUUACUGCACUUACUGGCCUCUAAACCUGCGACGCCAGGAAUGAGGAGCGUCUCUAAACCCAGCAGAAUCUCUCAGACGCAGCUGCAGCAGUGCUUUAUUUCUGAUUUGUGUUUCUACAUAGAGCCUUAAUGAAGUGUUCACUAGUUUUACUUACUAAUAUAAACCUGUUCAAUCACCAGCUCAUUUAUGGACAGCUGUACCGAACAAAGACUGAAGGUAACCUGCUGAAUAUUACUGUGUUUGACCUGCAGUGUUGGAGUUCAGCAGGUUUGGGGUGUUCAAGCAAACAUGCUGAGACUGACUGAACAUGCCAGCAAACUGAAUUAAACACCUCUUCUCAGAUUACUGUUUUGAUUUAUUUGUUUACUCAUUUUUAACACUCAUAUUGAUUUCAUCAAAUAAACAGUAUUAUUAUUUAAUUCAGGACAAUAAUGAGAUCUAAAAAGUCAAGGUUUUAAAACCUCCAGUAUUGUUUGCUGUACCGUUCCUAAGGUAUGUGUCGGGUUAUUUUAUUUACAUUUUUCAGCGUUUUAGGAAAACAGCAUCGCCAGCAGAAAAAAUAUCCAAAUGCUGUUUUAAAUUGUAAAGAAAUCUGUGUUUUUGAAACUAGUGAAGAGAGCAGCAGCAUGUUUCUCAAAAUGACAUGUAUUUGUUCAAAGGGGAAAGUAGUGUUUUCAGGGUGUCCGCGGGGUCUUAAAAGGUCUUAAAUUUCAAAAACUAAUUUUAAGACGUUAAAAUAAUCACUGAAAUAUGCUGUUGUAGGUUUUAAAUACUUUUAAACAGGUCAUAAUUUCCACUAAUUGUCCAUGUAAAGCUGUACGCCGAUCAGUACAACUGACAAAUGCAUCUUAAAAACGUUUAACAAAAUUAGCAUUAUUAACUAUUUAGCAAUGUGGUUUAAUUGUCUUCCCUACAUCCUUACUAUAACAUUUAUUUAAA